ACUCUCCAGUCGCCGCUGACCCGCGCGCCGCCGCCGAAGCCGCCCCGCGGGGACAUUCAUUCUUGCCGCUUGCCGGUCGCCGGGCUGGGCGUACGGGCCGCGUUGUCGGGGGUUUUGUCCCCUUUUUCCGCUUCUUUUUUUCUCCUUUUUUUUUUUUUUUUUUUUUUUUUUUUUUUUUGGCUUUUUUCCCCCCUUUCUGUUGUUGUUGUUCUUGCCUAUGUUCGGGAAACCAGACAAAAUGGACGUUCGAUGCCACUCGGACGCCGAGGCUGCCCGGGUCUCGAAAAACGCGCACAAGGAGAGUCGGGAGAGCAAGAGCGCGGAGGGGAACCUCCCAGCCGCCUUCCUCAAGGAGCCGCAGGGCGCCUUCUCUGCGUCCGGCGCUGCUGAGGAUUGUAACAAAAGUAAAUCCAAUUCCGCAGCCGACCCGGAUUACUGCCGCCGGAUCCUGGUCCGAGAUGCCAAGGGGUCCAUCCGAGAGAUCAUCCUGCCCAAGGGCCUGGACCUGGACCGGCCUAAGAGGACGCGCACGUCCUUCACCGCGGAGCAGCUCUAUCGGCUGGAGAUGGAGUUCCAGCGCUGCCAGUACGUGGUGGGCCGCGAGAGGACCGAGCUCGCCCGGCAGCUCAACCUCUCCGAGACCCAGGUGAAGGUCUGGUUCCAGAACCGCCGCACCAAGCAGAAGAAGGACCAGGGCAAGGACUCGGAGCUGCGCUCGGUGGUGUCGGAGACAGCGGCCACGUGCAGCGUGCUACGGCUGCUGGAGCAGGGCCGUCUGCUGUCGCCGCCCGGCCUGCCCACGCUGCUGCCGCCUUGCGCCACGGGCGCUCUCGGUUCCGCGCUGCGCGGGCCCAGCCUACCCGCCCUGGGCGCGGGCGCCGCCGCCGGCUCGGCAGCCGCAGCCGCAGCCGCCGCCCCGGGCCCAGCGGGCGCCGCGUCCCCGCACCCGCCGGCUGUGGGCGGCGCUCCAGGCCCUGGGCCAGCCGGGCCGGGAGCACUGCACGCAGGCGCCCCGGCCGCGGGCCACAGCAUCUUCAGCCUGCCAGUGCCCUCUCUGCUCGGCUCCGUCGCCAGCCGCCUGUCUUCCGCCCCGUUGACAAUGGCUGGUUCGCUAGCUGGGAAUUUGCAAGAACUCUCCGCCCGAUAUCUGAGCUCCUCGGCCUUCGAGCCUUACUCCCGGACCAACAAUAAAGAAGGGGCCGAGAAAAAAGCGCUGGACUGAUUUUAAGUGUUUCCCUGUAUUUAUAUUUAUAGUAUCUAUUGUGGUGAUAUUUAUGGACUCACUCGCGUUAGGUGCCCAGAGCUCCUGCGCUGGGCUCCUGGCUCCCACCAGGCCUCAGACAGCUCUCUUUUCCCACCCGGCUCUGCUACCAAUUCCAUAUCAUUUGGGCUAUUUUUUUUCUAGCUUUCCUCCGCGAUUCCUCCCCAACCCCCAGCUUCCUUCUGAAUCCAGGAGAGAUCCAAAGAAUUGGGGAAAAUGCCCGAGUCAGUCAACCUGAUGCCCCGACGCCUGCCCAGCCCAGGAAGGAAAAGACUAAGUCCAAAGCACAGGACACUUGCUCUAGAUUGGCGGUUGCUGCCGCUGCCGACUAUUCCUAGGAAUAUUUGAAACAGGAAAACUGCGGGCAGAUCCUAGGGGCUUGUAGGUUUCUUUAGACCAAAAAAAGAAGACGUUCCUUCCUCUUGCCAGAGAAACCAGGGCUUGUGGGAGCUCCUGAGCCCCGCUUUGCGGACCUCUCGGGCUAGUCGGUACGCUUGCAGUUUCCUGGCGGGACGAAUCCUGCCGGUUUUCUUCCCUAAAGAGCAAUUCCAAUCACAACCCCCGACCCCAGGAAACAGUAACAAACGUCCUGGUAGGCAACGACACUAAUAAAUUUGAUUUAAUCAGCAAUAAAGGCAAUUGCUACGUAAAACCA